CUGAGUGCCUACUAAGCCUUGUACAGUUCUAGGCUUCGAGAGUAGAGGGCUAUUAAGACAAGUCCCUGCUAAGUUGGAGUAGAGCCAAGUAAUGAAAAACAGAUAAACUGAACUAAGGAGCGAUCCUUAGUUGAAUUUUUACCCUAAGUUUUCAUCUUCCAGGUAGCCACAGUUUAUUAGUACAGCAGUGAUUUCUUGAAUGCCUACUGUGUUGCACAUGAUACAGAGAUGUGUACUAACUGCUUUCUGCCCUCCUGGAGUUUAUAAUCUGGUAGAGUCAAUGAACUAAACACAGAAGUCUGAAACGUAAAAUAUAAAUACCAAGGAAGUCACAAAAUGCUGUGGACUUGAGGAAGAAGUUACAUCUUCGGUCAUGUGAAACAAAGCAGCAUCUAUAAAAUAUUUAGCACAGUGUAUAAAUGACACAAUUAGGUAUUCUUAUUACAGGAUGACUUUAAAAAAAAAAGGGUGCUUAUUGUAACAAGUGUUGAUGUCCAAGAUGAGCAUUCCGAAAGAUACAGGACUGCAAGUAUGGGUUUAUCUAAGAGAUACCCAGUAGUCUGGUCCAGCUAAACAGCACAUGUAUAAAAGAUUAGUUGGAAAAGAGGCUACAGAGGUAAAUUAAGGGCUUCUUGUAGAAAACCUGGCCAAGGAGUUGGAAUCUUAUAUCACAGGAAAUUACAUAUUAAGCAAGAGUAGUGUCACUGAACUACGGCCGUUUACAAGUUACAUGUUGAGAGUAAGUGACUGAGGUUGACGACAGUAGAACAGAAAAAAUGGAAGACUGACAGGGAUGUUUCAGAGUCAAAAUCUGUGAUUUAGCAACUGCUUAGAUAGUGUGCCAAGUACAGAGGAAAGUAGGUUGUGAAAGCACAAAUGAAAUUACUAUUAUUGUUAUGACAUGGUGGCUUGAAUUUGAGUGACUGGGUGUUCCACAAACACAUACAGGUCCACGAUAGGGCCAGAAUAGGGAUGUGGUGGGGGAAUUCUCUCAUUCUGUUGUAAUUCUUUCAUUAUUUCUUUAGAUUGUUUAGAUAUUUAAUUGUAUUGUGUACAUUAGAGAACACUUUACCUUCUUUUCACUUCUUUGUUUCUAAGUGUUUUCAUUUGUCCAUCACAGUAGCUAAUAUUUCUAGCAAAAUCCUCAAUAAGAUGCUGGCUUUGAGAUGUGUGUGUGUGUGAGUAUAUAUAUAUAUAAAAUAUUGAUACUAAGGAAAUAUCCACUAAUUCCUUUUUUAUUGAGAAGGGUUUUGUUUUUGUUUAUGUUUUUUUACCAUGAAUGAGUGUUGAAUUAUUUUCAAAUGCAUUUUCUGUAUCUUUGGAUGUGAUCCCUAGCUCUGUGGUAUAGACUGAAUGUUUGUGACUCUCCCCACCCCGGAAUUCAUAUAUUGAAAUUCUGACUCCCAAUGUGAUGGUAUUAAGAGAUGGGGCCUCCAGUAGGUGAUCAGAUCGUGGGGGUAGAACCCUCAUGGUAGGGGGAGAGCCCUUUUGAAAGAGACCCCAGAGAGGUCCCUUACCCCUUCCUUGAUUUGGGGGCACAGGGAGAAGACUGCUGGUCUGUGAACCAGGGAGCCACCUCGCACCAGAUGCUGAAUCCACCUGCACCAUGAUCUUGGACUUCUGAGCCUCCAGAACUACUCACCAGAAACCCACUGUCGAAACUCUCUCUCUGACACCUGCGGUGGACAUCUGGUCACCGGGGAGCCAGGUUCCAAUUUACAUCCCUGCACACACAUCCCGAGGAGCUCAUGCCAGCUGGAGCAGACGGACCUGUGAAGAGCUGUCCUCCGCGGGCUGGCUUCAGGGCAUCACGUGACCAGCUGUUCAGGGGCACCCCGGCCUGGAGCCAGGCACGCUGGAGACUUGGAUCUAGCGACAGGCAGCGGCGGAGUCCUGUGCAGCCAUGUCGGUGGUGGAAGAGAGCCGGCCGUUUGCCCAGCAGCUCUCCAACGUCUACUUCACCAUCCUGUCCCUUUUCUGUUUCAAGCUUUUUGUGAAGAUCAGCCUCGCCAUCCUCAGUCACUUCUACAUAGUGAAAGGCAACCGCAAGGAGGCGGCCCGGAUAGCCGCGGAGUUCUACGGAGUAACCCAAGGACAAGGUUCCUGGGCAGAUCGGUCACCACUCCAUGAAGCAGCAAGUCAAGGUCGUCUUCUCGCUCUGAGAACAUUAUUAUCACAGGGUUACAAUGUAAAUGCAGUCACCAUAGACCACGUCACCCCGCUGCACGAAGCCUGCCUCGGCGAUCACGAGGCCUGUGCCAGGACGCUUCUGGAAGCCGGAGCUAACGUAAACGCGAUCACCAUAGAUGGCGUGACUCCGUUAUUCAACGCCUGCUCGCAAGGCAGCACGAGCUGCACGGAGCUGCUCUUGGAAUACGGCGCCAAGCCGCAGCUGGAGUCCUGCCUGCCCUCCCCCACGCACGAGGCCGCCAGCAAAGGUCACCACGAAUGCCUAGAAAUCCUGAUCUCCUGGGGCGUAGAUGUCGACCAAGACAUUCCUCACUUGGGGACCCCUCUCUACGUGGCUUCUAUGUCCCAGCAGUUCCACUGCGUCCAGAAGCUUCUCUACGCUGGCGCUGACGUACAAAAAGGCAAAUACUGGGAUACCCCGCUACACGCCGCUGCUCAGCAGCCCUGUACGGAAGUUGUAAACUUGCUGCUAGAAUUCGGAGCGGAUAUCAACGCCAAAAACACAGAGCUUCUGCGACCCGUCGACGUAGCGACCUCUAGCAGUCUGGUGGAAAGACUGUUGCUUCAACAUGAAGCCACCCCCAGCCCUCUGUGCCAGCUCUGCCGACUCUGCAUCAGAAACUGCCUAGGAAGGUCCAGGUUGCACCUUAUCCCACAGCUCCAGCUGCCGACCUUGCUGCAGAAUUUCCUACAGUAUCGAUAAGGCAGUAAAAUAAUUCUAAGUAUUUGAAAAUCAAAAAUUUCUGUCAUCUGCGUAGUGUACAUUUCAUAUUAAAAUAUGCUACAGCUAGGGUAAAGCGAAACAAGCAGCCCCAGGCAAGGAGCGACAUGGCAGCCUGCGUUACCGCGUGCCAGUGUGCGCUGCUACUUCAUGCGUUUGCACUGGUUUGGACUAUAAUAUUUAACACAUCUACAUAUUAUUAGCUGCUCCCUUAUAUCCGUUUGUUGAUUUAGAAAAAAAUGAGAAAUUCUCCAUUUCAUUUUUUUUUAGAGUGAAACAGAAAAAUGUGAACCUCUACUAAAAGUAUUCAUAUAUUGUAUUUCUAAAGGCCUAUAUUCUUCAAAUAAUGUGUUAACAUUUAAGUUUUGGCAACUGUAAUUGUUUAUCUCUGUAUUUUGAUAUUAAUACAAAGUAGAGUAUGGUUUAGAAAAGAGAAACAUAACCUUUUUGAAAUAAAGAUGACCCUCAUUCAGGAACCCACCAUGUCCAAAAAUUAUAAUAAUCAGUUAUUAUAACUGAUUAUUGUCAUUAUAAUAAUCAGUUCAGUAAAGAAAAGGUGGGUUGCCCCAGAGACCCCACUGGUCAUAUCGGCGCCUUAAGUGGACCUAUUUCCAAAACUGGUAGGACUCAGAGUUACCGCUGCUGCACCCUCACCUGAGGGGGUCUGGAGCAUGAGACACCUGCUCAGGCUGUCUGAAGACCCUUCCUUCUCAAGGGUCGCCUCUCAAGUCUCCCUUCCUGCUUUUACGCAUCUCACUCCAGGCUUCCUCCACUUGGGAAACUGCUGAUGCCUGGACCGAGGAACGUGAACUUCAUGUCUAAUGGAUGAAGACACCCUGGGUCACACCGCAGGGAUCAGGGCAGUCCGAGGCUUUCAAAAACAGACGAUAAAAACGCCUUAAAUUGUGAGGUUUCCAAAGAAAAGAAAAAGGGAGUGCCACUUAGCAAAUGUAGAAACCUUAGAAAUUUUACCUGUUUGUAGGCCUUCAUAGCGGUGUCUCUAAUCCUCCAUCCGCAAUCAUGGGUCUGGGGGAGGCGGUCCGAGGGAGCGCUGGAGGCCGGAGGACGCUGGUGCGUGGCGUCCUCUGCCGGGGCGAGUGCUGCGUGCUCUCGCCUGCUUAACUGUGCUUGAGUGCGACAUAAAGCACCAUUUUUGAAAAGUUACACCUGCUCUGUAAUUUAGACUAGAUUUGUGUCUUUUAUGGAUUUAGAAAUAAGAUAAUCAAGAUAACACUAUAAAGGAGAAGGAAAUAUUUUGAUGAGUUUUUUAAAUUUAUGAAAUUUUCAUAAAACAUUUUGACCACUUUUGAUAAACCAGGGGCCUGUUUUCCUUUUUUCCUUAGCUCUUGGCUGACUUUCAGAGACAUGUGGGGAAUAAACUAUUAUUGUACACAACCUCCAAGUCACUAAGAUUGCAUUAAAAACCAUUUGUUUAGAUUUUUAAAAGUAGAAAUAAGGCUGUAGUGCGUUUAAGAAAUGGCUUCUAUGUGGCAGAGGCUUUUAAGUGAGCCUGUUUUACUAAAUAAUUUCAGCCUAGCAAAUUUAUAAUAUCCUCAGAAUAGUGUACAUCUCAACUUUUUUUUUUAUUAUAGAAUAAACCUAUUAAAUAUAAUCAGGUAUUAAAACUGCGUUUAGUAAAACAGCUUUCUACUAAUCCUUCCCCCUGAGUCAGAGGCAGUCUCGGAGUUUAAGAGUGAUACAGCACAUCCUUCUUCACUGGUCUUGGGCCAACAAAAGAAGUAAAUAUCAAAUAUUAAAAUAAGGAUAGACACUUUAAAAUUUUAGUAUGCUGGUACCUUGUAUCUUAGUUUGAGUACAGUUGUCUUCUCAAAGAAGUGUUCUAAUUAAAUGUAUCUUUGUUAAUAUAUUAAAGUGUGAUAUUUAUUCCCUGGAAUAAAACACUUUUUUCCUGUUCUAA